AUGUCGGGUAGUCUGCCAUCGCACGACGAGCUGAUGGUCGAAUGCGACGCAGUGCCUGUGAAUGAACCAAUGGAAGAGAGCGGCAACGGAAACGAGCAAAUGGAGGAUUGGAAUGAUGAGGUUGACGUGAAUGCGCCGAAUCCGCCAACAAACAAUGCCAAAUCAAUCACUUCUGCGAAUGAUGGAGUGAUUAAGGCUCUUGUCGACAAAGCGGUGAUCAACUUGGACACUCUUGUGCCUCUUUACACGCCAUUCUCACUGAUUAACCGGCUGCAAUUCAUUGCCGAUCGAUGCCCACCACUUCAACGAGAAGCGAUGUUAACUAUGGUUGACAUCUUGAAGAAGCACACCAAAAGCGCCAGUCGCUACUUGCAAGUGUGUGGACGCUUGGAAGCAAUUGGAGCCGCUACGAAUCUUGUUGAUAAUGGAUGGGCCUCUUCUACACAGCAAGCCGCUUAUGCGCGAACCGAUCACUUACUGGCUGAGUUCAAAAAGCAAAAGGACGAGGGAGUUAAGGAGUCGACUCGUCGAGCUAUGGAGGAGCUGUUCCUUCAUUACCUCGAUCUCGGUCUUCAUUCGGACGCUCUCCGUCUCUACAACAAGGGAAUGCGCGAUUAUUGUAGCCAGUUUCGACACGUUAUGUCGAUGUACGUACAAUGGUUGGAGUGCGCGGUGGAAGAGGGUGAAUGGUCGCGUAUGAAUUCGCUACUCUCGCAAGCUGAACGGGCUAUCAAUGAUGCCCAAGAUACAGAACAGAAUACUCAAGCUUCAAGCGCUCAGCAAAUGCGUGUCCGGGGAAGCACUCAAAUGACGAAUGCAAAGUCGAAUAAGACUAUCAUUAAAUCGGCCAGGGCUAAAAUGGAUGUGAUUCAUGGACUCUCAAGGAUCAAUAGUAAACAAUUCAAAGAAGCUGCUGAGAAAUUCAUUCAGUCGUGUCCCGAUGAGGUUCCAGUGCCUUGGAUCGUUUCGCACAGGGACAUCGCAACUUAUGGGACCCUUUGUGCAUUGGCAACGUUUGAUCGCAAGGAUCUGAAGAGUCUCCACGCUGGAACGGGAGAUAACCAGUUUAAGCGCUUCCUCGAGACGGAACCCGACUUGGUGCGCUUGUUGGGUUCAUGGGUGCGAAGCGAUUGGGGAGUCGUGUUGGACGGAUUGGAGGAAAUGAAAGGGCGACUGCUGCUCGACCCGUUCGUUUCGUCGCACGUCUCUCAGCUCUUCUCUGCAAUUCGUGAACGGGGGCUUAUUCUGCACUUGGUUCCAUUUCACACCAUCGACAUUAAAAAAACAGCUGCUACUUUUCGUUGUGAUAUGUCAACGAUAGAAGAUGCGUUGAUCGAGUUGUCGGAUAAAGGGGUGAUCUCACCGCGAAUUGAUGCAAUCCGGGGAAUUGCCGAGAUUCAGCCACGCGAUGAGCGACAAGCAGCAUAUGAACGGGUUCUCGAGGUGACUCAGCAGAUCAUCGAUCGAUCGAAUGACACUAUUUUCAAGGCACUUCUUGGACAGGCUCGAGUCUAUGUGCAGCACGAGUCGCGGGGAAAGAGAAAAACGACGGGAUUGUAUCGAAUGGAGCCAGAUCACGAGGAUGAGCCCGUCUCACAAAUGGGCUUUGGCGGACGAGCGGUGCGACGUCUUCGUGGUGCUUUCGCUCGACCUGAUCCUCAAGAUCACUUCGAUCUCCACUCGACGAUGGAGCCGGUUAAUGGUGGUCGAAGCAGUCCCGGGUUUUCCACUCGUCAACAAUCAUCUUCUCAUCAGCAACCACCGCAUGGUCAAUCGCCCGAAGGUGAGCCACGAGAAGCCGCCGAAGCCAAUCCAUCUCCACCAAAUCCACCACAGCCGUCAUUC